AGCCGGGUGACUGUGUGUGUUCCCAGGUCGCCCCGCCUCCAGUCGCCAGUCCUGGCCCCAGCACCGCCUCCCGUGCUCUCUGACCCUCUCCUCCAAGCCCUCCGCUGAUCCCGGACGGGAACGCGGGCUGGCACCCCAGCCUCACACUCUGAUCCAGUUGCAGUCACCUGGUCCCGCCCCCGCAGCCAGAAUCGAAGUCCUAGAGUCCAAGGACUUUGCCUGCUAGACGGCGCCGGGACUGCAGGAGCGCAGAUUUUCCCCCUUUGCAUGUGAGUCAUGGCAGCUCCCAUGAAGGGCCAAGUGUGCGUGGUGACCGGUGCUUCCAGAGGUAUUGGCCGCGGCAUCGCCUUGCAACUCUGCCAGGCAGGUGCCACAGUUUACAUCACUGGCCGCCAUAUGGACACGCUGCGGGCCACUGCUGAGGAGGCACAGUCUCGAGGGGGCCAGUGUGUGCCUGUGGUAUGCGAUUCAAGCCAGGAGAGUGAAGUGCAAAGCCUGUUUGAGCAAGUGGAUCGGGAACAGCAGGGGCGUCUGGAUGUGCUGGUCAACAACGCCUACGCUGGGGUCCUGGCAAUUAUAAAGAACACUAAGAAGGCAUUCUGGGAAAGCCCUGCCUCCAUCUGGGAUGAUAUCAACAAUGUUGGACUCAGAGGUCACUACUUGUGCUCAGUGUAUGGAGCACGGCUCAUGGUACCAGCUGGCCGGGGACUCAUCGUGGUCAUCUCCUCCAUUGGGGGGCUGCAGUAUCUCUUCAAUGUCCCCUAUGGUGUUGGCAAAGCUGCGUGCGACAGGCUGGCUGCUGACUGUGCCCAGGAGCUGCGGCGCCACGGGGUCAGCUAUGUGUCUCUGUGGCCAGGGUUGGUGCAGACAGAACUACUGAAGGAGGUUGUGAUGAAAAACAACAAUGCUGAUGAUCCCCUGUUGAAGCAGUUCAGAUCUGAUUUCAGCUCUGCAGAGACCACAGAAAUGAGUGGCAAAUGUGUGGUGGCUUUGGCAACAGACCCCAAUAUCCUGAGCCUGAGUGGGAAGGUGCUGCCAUCUUGUGACCUUGCUCGACGCUAUGGGCUUCGGGAUGUGGAUGGCCGCCCCGUCCAAGACUAUUUGUCUUUGAGCUCAGUUCUCUCUCAUGUCUCCACCAUGGGCUGGCUGGCCUCCUACUUGCCUGGCUUCCUCCGUAUGCCCAAGUGGAUUAUGACCCUCUACACUAGCAAAUUCUAACCCUCCUGGCCUGACUUCACAACUGUUCUCCCUUGGGCUAUGUGGUAGGGCCUGACUCCGUGAAACAAGUCAGCCUCUCCUGCCUACCUCAUACCCUUGAUAUGAAGAGAAGACCUCCACUGUAUGUCCUGGGUGAGCCCUCGGGGCCCUUAGAUACUUCUUUAUGCCUUAAUUUUACUUGCCCCUACAUUUUACUUUUUGCCUUAGUAUUGAAAAACAUCCUGCAGGCUAAUAAACAUCUCAUUUCUCUUU